CCGCGUCCUCCGCACCCGCGCUCCGCACCGCCGAGAGGAAAUCAUGGUUAUGCUGAAGAUUUCAUCUUUCCUUGCUGUUUAUGCCUUGGUUGUGUGCCAGAUGGAAAGCUUCCAGGCAGCCCCAGUCAGACCUGGCUUGGAGUCCAUAACGGAUCGAGUGACGCUUGGUGAUUAUGAAGCUCGGAGGUUAUUAAAUGCACUGGUGAAAGAGUUCAUACAGAUGACAGCAGAAGAGCUGGAGCAAGCCUCUGAGGGAAACAGCCUGGAUAGACCUAUUUCCAAACGCUGUGCCAGUCUGAGUACUUGUGUGCUGGGCAAACUGUCUCAAGAAUUGCACAAAUUGCAAACUUACCCUCGUACUGACGUCGGGGCUGGAACUCCUGGCAAGAAACGGAAUGUGCUGAGUGACCUGGAACAUGAACGCUAUGCAAACUUUCAGGACCCUCUAGGAAACAACUAGACAUGCUUAAUUCUGCCCUUCCCUCCCCACCCUCCCCCCCCCCCUUUUUUUUUUUUUUUUUAAGCUGAUGCAUGUGGAUCUAACUUUGAUUGCUAACUUUGCUGUGUUCUUUUGAUUCUGUUUUUGACAGAGGAUGUUUGAGAUGGACCUAAUGUUAGGAAGACAGAGAACAGAACAUGCAUACCAAGCUAGGAGAAAAAGUAAAUAAACACAAAUGAGCAGCACUGCCUUGAGAUUUCAAAUGAUUUUCCUAGACCCUGAUCUAAAAAAAAAAUCUAACCAAGGCUCUUCAUGUCUCACUGCUAAAUGUACAAGUAGACUUAUCUUUUGUGCCUGCCCAUGCGUUUGUUCAAUAAACCUAUUUUUCUAUAAGGAUUAGAUGUGCUUGGUUUAAUAAGUUGUCCUAGAAUGUGAAAUUCCUUUAUGGCUAGAAAAAAUUUAUAAGUUAUUUUAAUCCAGUAAUUCUAGAAAAGUUAAAAGAGAACUUCAAAACUGAAAUUCGACACAUAUAUUCAUAUGUACUGAUGUAAUCAGGCAUGAAUGCAAUCCUGUUAGUGAGGAUUCUGAGAAGCAAAGAAAUCAGGAAAGGCUUGUACUGAUUUAUUAAAAAAAACUAGAGAAGUAAUCCUGUUUAAAAUUGGCUACUGAAUACU